AUGCAAUUGACCACUCUUCUGUUGGCAUCCAUUGCCUCCCUGGCAGCUGCUCAGACUGCCACUUCCACAGCGGCCACGACUACCUCGACCUCAAGCUGCGCUGCCCAGAACAUCCUCGAUGCCUGCCUUGCAACCAUCCAAGGGCAGGUCAACUCAUGCCAGAGCACCGACUACAGCUGCCUGUGCACGCAGUACCAGAACUUGCUGACUUGCUACAACAACUGCCCGAGCGACCCCGGCGUCACGGCCGUCCAACAGCAGCGCGAGCAAUACUGUGCCGCCGCGUCUGCCUACCCAUCCACUACCAGCACUCCUCUUUCGACCGCCUCCGCCACCACCAGCGACUCCGUGAGCGCGCCCGCUUCAACCACCUCAGACUCCGCAAGCCAGACCGGCUCCUCAGUUGGCUCCGGCAGCGAGACAUCCGCCAGUGCCAGCGCGACUGGCGGUUCCUCGUCUGGUAACGGUGCACCGAGCUUGGAUAUGGCUCGUGGCCUUGUCGCCGUUGCCAUUGCCGGAUUGGGUCUCAUCUUGUAA